GUGUGAAGUUGACUUCGUGAUAGAAUUGUUAAAAUGAACCUGCUGCAUUUGUGUUUAAUACUGAUGGCCUGUUUGUGCCAUGUCUGGGGCUACUCCUAUCUUAUGAUAUCGCACACAGCGGCCAAUUCGCACUUUUAUGUUGGACAGGCUCUGGCCAAGGGUUUGGUUGCCGCAGGUCAUGAAGUCACCGUGAUCUCACCUUUUCCACAAAAGAAUCCCCUCAAGAACUAUGUAGAUGUGCCAACGCCAAGUUCAAUUUCAGUCAUGGCUGUACACAAGAACAAGAUACUGGACAUUGUCAAAAUACCCAUAUUAUUUCGACUGCCCGCAAUGCAUGGAGUGGGAAUAAGCAUGACUCAAUCUUUGCUGGAGGAACAUUCGGUGCAGUCACUCCUAUCUCAGAAUCGAACAUUCGAUGCGGUUAUAUGUGAGGUAUUCAUGAACGAGGCACAUUUCGGUUUUGCGGAACACUUCAACGCGCCGCUGAUAACCUUUAGUACCAUGGGCGCCUCCUCCUGGACAACUGAUCUAGUUGGCACACCAUCGCCACCCUCGUAUGUGCCCCACUUUCUGCUCCAGUUUGGCGAUCAUAUGAACUUCUUUGAGCGUGCACACAACCUGCUCUUCAUAUUGUAUCAGGGCGCUUAUGAGCAGUGCGUCUAUUUUCCCAAGCAGGAACAGCUCUAUAAGAAGUAUUUCCCCAACAACAAACAGAACUUUUACGAUAUGCGUAAGAAUACGGCACUGGUGCUUCUCAAUAAUCACGUUUCUUUGGGUUUCCCACGUCCGUAUGCUCCCAACAUGAUCGAAGUAGGUGGCAUGCAUAUCAAUCGCAAGCGCCAGCAGCUGCCUCAGAACAUUGAGGACUUCAUUAAUGGUGCCCAGCAUGGGGUCAUAUAUUUUUCAUUGGGUUCUAAUUUAAAGAGCUCUGCCUUGCCUCUGGAAAUGCGUGAGGCAUUAGUCGAAACCCUCCGUAAUCUCAAGCAGCGAGUACUGUGGAAAUUCGAGGAACCCAACUUGCCCGGCAAGCCGGAUAAUGUCUUCAUAUCAGACUGGUUCCCACAAGAUGAUAUAUUGGCUCAUGAGAAGGUCAUCCUGUUCAUCACACACGGGGGCCUACUCAGCACAACCGAAUCGAUUUACCAUGGCAAGCCUGUUCUGGGUAUUCCAUUCUUUGGGGAUCAGUUCAUGAACAUGGCACGAGCUCAACAAUCAGGCUACGGACUUACUUUAAGAUUCACCGAACUGACAGCUGAGACCUUUAAGAAUUCCAUUAAUAAACUACUCAGUGAUCCGAGCUACACUCAAAAAGUGCACGACAUGUCUGUCAGAUUCCGGGAUCAGCAUGAAACGCCGCUGGAACGCGCCGUGUAUUGGGUGGAGCAUGUGACUAGGCAGAAGGGCGCCCGAUAUCUGAGAAGUGCCUCACAAGAUCUGAACUUUAUACAGUACUAUAAUUUGGAUGUUCUUAUUAUGAUUAUUGGAGGCUUGGGAUUUGUUAUAUUUACUUUUAUCUACCUGUUGAUGGCUCUUAUUAAAGUAAUUGCAAAGAAAAUUGGAGGUAAACGAAAGAAAGCAAAACGUAAUUAAUAAAA